GUUUAAAAGAUUAUCUAAUAGCCAAGCUUUGGCACAACGAGGUAACGUAAAAAAAUAAAGUAUUACAAAAUACAAUAAUUGAUAUAUCAACGUCAGCGUUUAAUAUUAAUAUUCCAGAGCGCGCCAUCCAAUUGGAAGGUCACCGAGUGAGCUGAUUAAUAUUCAUGAGCCGAUCCUUCUCCGUGCUGGGGCUGGUGACUCGGUGCAUGCAGCGUAAUGCGGAGCUUCUGUCUGCGCCUUCAUUAAAGCUAAUGAACAUCUCACACACUACAGAACAGGGUCUGAUUAGCUCAUGGACGACUGGAAGGCCAUCGGAGAUCCUUGGAGGAUCUGAUGUGCACUGAUAUAUUUGGGUCACCCGAAGGAAGGAGCUGCUGAAAAUGCGGUGAUUUCGGUGGAAACACGGCGUGUCUUCGCCCUGAUGAAGCAAAGCUGAUAUCUUCGACAGGUUGUUUAACCAAUCCCCACAACCCAGAUGGAGACGCUACUGGUUUAUUUGAUGGUUGUUGUAAUGGCGUUAAAGGCCCAGAAGAUCCAAGUGUGUCCCAAGCGCUGCAUCUGCCAGGUUUUGUCCCCCAAUCUGGCAACCUUGUGUGAUAAAAAGGGUCUGCUGUUCGUCCCUCCGAACAUCGACAGACGCACCGUCGAGCUCCGACUCGGGGACAACUUCAUCACGAGCAUCAAGCGGAAGGAUUUCGGGAACAUGACCAAACUGGUGGACCUGACGCUCUCUAGGAACACGAUAGGAUCGGUCACGCCGCACGCCUUCAACGAUCUGGAGAACCUCCGCGCCCUUCAUCUGGACAGCAACCGCUUGACCCACAUAACCAAUGAUACGUUUAGCGGCAUGUCCAAGCUGCACCAUCUCAUUCUGAACAACAACCAGCUCACGCACAUCCACAUAGGAGCGUUCAACGACCUUCUGGCGCUGGAAGAGCUGGAUCUAUCCUACAACAACCUGGAGAGCGUGCCGUGGAUCGCCAUCCAGCUCAUGAGCAACCUGCACACCUUAAACCUGGACCACAACAUGAUCAACUACAUCCCCGAAGGAACCUUCUCCGGGCUUCAGAAGCUCAAGCGUCUGGAUGUGACGUCUAAUAAGCUCCACAAGCUCCCGCCGGAUCCGGUUUUCCAGCGCGCCGGAGUUUUAGCCACGUCUGGUGUCUUGGGUCCGACGUCGUUCGCGUUGAGUUUCGGAGGAAACCCGCUGCACUGUAACUGUGAGCUGCUGUGGCUUCGACGUCUGCGGCGCGAGGAUGAUCUGGAGACCUGUGCGGCUCCGCAGCAUCUCGCCGGACGCUAUUUCUGGACCGUAUCCGAGGAGGAGUUCCUGUGCGAGCCGCCGCUCAUCACUAGACACUCGCAGGAGACGCACGCUCUCGAGGGCCAGCAGGUGUCCCUGCGCUGUAAAGCCCGAGGAGACCCGGAUCCCGUCAUGCACUGGAUCGCUCCGGACGGGAAGCUGGUGUUCAACUCCAGUCGCACCGUCCUCCAUUCGGACGGGACCCUGGACAUCCUGAUCAGCACGGUCAAGGACUCCGGAUCUUUCACCUGCGUCGCGUCCAACCCGUCCGGAGAGGCGCAGCAGACGGUGGAUCUGCUCAUCACCAAACUUCCACAUUUCACCAACGACACCAGUAUGGUCCAGGAGCCGGAUCCGGGGUCAUCUGACAUCGCCACUUCUGCCAAGACGGGUGGAGACGGAGGGUCCUCGAUGGGCAACAAGGGUGGAGCGGAGAAGAGGGUCCUGAUCUCGGAGAUCACUGCAUCCACGGCUCUGGUGAAGUUCAACUUUCAGAGGAAUAUUCCAGGGAUCCGGAUGUUCCAGGUGCAAUACAACGGCACGUACGACGACUCGUUAGUGUACAGAAUGAUUCCUCCGACCAGUAAAAGCAUCACGGUCAACAACCUGGCAGCAGGAACCAUGUACGAUCUUUGCGUUCUGGCCAUUUACGACGACGCUCUGACGGCGCUGACGGCUACUCGUGUGGUGGGCUGCGUUCACUUCUCCACCGAGCCGCAGUAUCUGAGCUGUCACUUCAUGCAGUCACAGUUCCUGGGCGGCACCAUCGUGGUCAUCAUCGGCGGCGUGAUCGUGGCGUCCGUCCUGGCCUUCAUCAUCUUCCUCAUCGUGCGAUACCGGGUGUGCCAGCAGGAGGGCGUGGAGAAGGGUGUAGAGCUGGGCGACGUGCGCUCGCCGUCCGAGCAUCAGGUGUGUGGCAUCAUCAAGUCCAUGUCCAAGCAGGUUCUGGGUCCAGAAGCGUGUCGGAAGAAAUCACCGCAGAGCGAAUCCGUCCCGUCCCGACAGUCCAAGCCAGCUCUUCCGGACUGCACCGUCUCCACGUCCUCCGCCAUCCACAGCUGGCACCCUGCGUCCCCGAGUCCGGUCCGCCCGGCGCGCACGGACACACAAGUCAACAUAGAGCUGGACAACACCAACAGGAACAACUCGGCCAAGCUGCGUCCCACCGUGCGCUCCUACUCCACCCUGGUGACCCCGGGGUCACGCAGAGCCCAGCUCCAGAGCCUCCACAACUACCAGACGGUUCCGGUGAGCUGUGUGCGCGUCAGCCGCCGUCACUCGCUGAACAUAGACUCGUGCAAACCUCCGGCGUACGUCACCCGCCCGCAGCCGCUGCGCUCCAAGCGUAGUUUAUCCAUGAGCGGCGGAGACAUUCCCCAGAUGGAGACAUCCUCACCGUCCCAGGCCCCGUGCGCUCUGGAAAGCACAUUAUAAUGCAGGAUUUUGCCUUCACUUGAAUUCUGUGGUUUUUAAUAGUGUUCCAGGCCACCGUACGUGCGUCAUAUUCCCGGACUGUCAAGAGGACGAUGUUUUUUAAGCACAAAUACUGUUUCCUGCAUAUUGUAAAACAAUACUACGACUUGUAUAUUUCUUUGUUUAAUGGAAUAAUACACAGACACUGCAUACAAACAUGUAACGUUGUGUAAAAUAAAAUGUGAAAAUGAUACGUUUAUGUUAAUUAUGACUCGCGAUGCAUUGUGCAUUUGAUAAUAAAAGCAGCGAAACAGCGUCGACAACGACGUAAGAACUUUACAAAUUGAAUAUGGUUUGGUGAUGAGGGUUUACAAAUUUAGCAGGUUUUACGAAGGUACAUUUAAGAUCUUUUUACAACCAAGAAGGAUAUAAAAGGGAACAGAAUUUAUUAUUAUUUUUGUCGUUGCAAAAUGUCACGAUCGCCACUGACACACAUUUGUUCUGGCUGUAAUCAUAAACACACUUUAUUUUGUUCGGUUUCUCAUAAAUCAAGACUUUGUUUAUCUUCUGUCAUUGUGCGUCUCCAGUAAAUGAGUCUUGAUUUGAGGAUGUUUAGAUAUUUGUACUUUUUAUUUAUUUUAUUUUUUCAGUGCAUUCAACAUUUAAUGCCAUGACUUUAUCAUUUUAAGACUGCUCUGAUUUAAGACACAACACUGAUCUGAUUUUUUACAGUUAUUCUUAAAGAGAUGAGGCAGGCUUCUGAUUGGAGUCAAAGUGUCAAAAAUACUAUUUGUAACAUUAACUAUGGAGUUAUAUUAAUGUAAAAAAAUAUUUGUAAAAUAUAUCUAGCCUUUUCCCCAUCUCUCACACACUUCUGGGACUGCAUUUUGUUGAUGAACAUGAACAUGACUUUUGAUAAACUAUUGCAGCAUUAAAGAUUUAUCACCUUUUCAUCAG